AUGCUGACAAUCGUUUUUAGCUGGGAUGACUUCUACGCUAAAGAGAAGUCUAACUUCGAGUCGAACCCUGAGGAUACCGGCGAAUGUUGGUUCGAUGAUUCUGACGCAGAGGCCAAAAUGAUUCAGUUUUUAUCUGAUAAGAUUGGAGAGCUGGAAGCAAUCUCGGAUUCUAGUCGGAUCUGUGAUUUGGGUACAGGCAACGGACAUCUCCUCUUUGAGCUUCGCAAUGAAGGGUUCGAAGGCCCACUAGUGGGAGUGGACUAUUCAGAGCGGUCUGUUGAAUUUGCCACGAAAGUUGCAACUGCUGAGGACUUUGAAAAUGUGACGUUCUCUCAGUGUGAUAUUUUGAGUCCUGAUCACCCUUUCUUUGAGGAAAUACGAGCUAGUUCUGGUGAGUUUGACAUCUUGCUGGAUAAAGGCACCUUGGACGCCAUAGCAUUGAGCGAGGAUCUUUAUGAAAACAAUACGAAAAGAGGACAUCUGGUGUAUCCGAAAUGUGUUGCACCUCUGUUGAAAAAAGGAGGCAUUGCACUCAUCACGAGUUGUAACUUUACCACAGAAGAGCUCAUCUCGAUCAUGACUACAGACGGCUUAUACGAGGUGUGGGAUAAGGUGAACUAUCCAACCUUUCAGUUUGGAGGGAUCCAGGGCUCUACUGUUUGUACUAUUGCAUUUUUGAAGAUAUGA